AUGACGCGCAAGCGUAAAUCUAAUUUAGCGCGCAGCACUAUCAGAGCUCGGGUAGCGAAAGUAGCUCGAACCCAAGAAUCUGAGGAGCAGACUCAGAACCGUCGGGUUUUAGAUGCCGAGCGCCACGCAGCUCAAAGGUCUGCCGAGACCUUAGAACAGAGUCAGAUCCGCCGGAAUCUAGAUGCCGAGCGCCAUGCAUCUCAAAGGGCUGCCGAGACCUUAGAACAGACUCAAAUCCGCCGAAAUCUCGAUGCCGAGCGCCACGCAGCUCAAAGGUCUGCCGAGACCUUAGAACAGACUCAGAUCCGCCGAAAUCUAGACGCCGAGCGCCACGCAGCUCAAAGGACUGCCGAGACCUUAGAACAGACUCAGAUCCGCCGAAAUCUAGAUGCCGAGCGCCACGCCGCUCAAAGGGCUGCCGAGACAUCUGAGGAAUCCCAAAGACGACGUGAUUUAAAUGCUGAACGCCAGUCAGAAAGAAGGCAUGCGUAUCAAAAAUCAUGCCCCGCCGAUUACACGCCGAUCACGCCGCCGCCGGUCAAAAAAUCAUCGGACGCCGCCGCCGAUCAUUUUGGCAUCGGCGCACAUGUCUAUUACUGA